UAACUUAUAGUUCAAUUUACUUAGUUUUACAUUUCUUAUUUUAUGUGUUUUUGGAUCAUAGAAUAUGAGACGAUUUGUUAUUUAUCCAAAAUUGGCCCAAAGCUCUUCUUAACUGAACGAACCAUUUACAAGUAUAUUUACUCACCGUCCCCCCUUAUUUCAAGCGUGUCCUUACAGCCAUGGCCGCGGCUGCACCAAGCUCUCGUCCUACCUCCAAACCCUACGAUGCCGACGUCACCAUCGUCUCCGCCAAGCACCUGAAGAACGUCAAUUGGAGAAGCGGCGAUCUCAAGCCCUACGCCAGCUUCUGGAUCAACGGCGGCCGCCGUUUCUCCACCAAAUCCGACGAUUACGGCUCCACCCGCCCGGUAUGGAACGAGCGGUUCGUGGUUCCCCUCACGCUCCCUCCUCAGGAAUCGGUUCUCACUCUCGAGAUCUUACACUCCAAACCCUCGGAGACGGCCAAGCCUCUGGUCGGAACCCUAAAGCUCCUCCUCAAGGACGUGACGGACUCCGAUGAUGCCACAAAGCUUCGAAAUUUCGAGCUCCGCCUCCCUUCCGGCCGUCCUCAGGGUAAGAUCCGCCUCAAAUUAGCCAUCCUUGAACGCCCCACCCCGACUCCCCAAAUUUCCUCCCCUCCGAUUUCCAGCUAUUAUUUCCCCCAAUUCUCUGAUCCCAGGGACUAUAGCCCUUUCAACCCCACCAGCUAUAACAGCCCACAGCACUAUUCGACCCCAUCUCCCCCAACUCCCCUUCCUAACCCUCAUCCUUAUCAAUACAGCGGACACUCUGACCCAUACUCUAACUACUAUAACACUUACUACUCCCACCCUCCAUACCCUCCGCCACCACGGCCAUUCAUGGACCGGCAAUCUGGCUAUGCCAGGCCAGGGCCGAGUGCACCAGUGGAUUAUGCACCAUCUUAUGAGAACACUCGCGGUGGAAAGCUUGGAGUAGGAACUGGAUUGGCAGUUGGAGCUGUGGCAGGAGCCCUAGGAGGGAUGACAUUGGAAGAAGGCUUGAAGUAUGAGGAAGAGAAGAAGCUUCGCGAGAGUGGGGUUUCUCCUAGGGAUAGUUUCAGUGAUUACCGUGGUGAUUAUUAGCAAUGCCGCAACCUCAAUCUUGCCUACUACAUGGUUCGCAUGUAGGUGCGUGGCAUCAGUUUGUAGGAUCCGAGUCCUAGCAUAACAAUGUAAUUCAAUUAUAUAAUCUCCAACCUCUCAAGCGCAAGGCCUCUUAAUGGUUCAGAUGUCUGAAUGGUUCAGCACUUAAUGGUUUAGACUGUUUGUUUCAGCCUCUUAAUGGUUCAGAUGUCUGAAUAGUUCAGACAUUUGCCUCUGAAUGGUUAAGUAUUAUACAGAGUCUGAAUGGUUAAGACUUUUUAUCUGAAUUAAUCAGACAUUUGCCUCUGAAUAGUUAAGCAAUAUACUAGCACUUAAUGG